AUUGGACUCUUACUUACUACUUCGCCAUUCACUAGCGUCGCCAAUUUAGAAGUCUUCAUCCACUCCCUUCAAAGCACAAAUCAUGUCUGACCUUUGUCCCGUCUACGCGCCCUUCUUCGGUGCCAUGGGCUGCACCUGCGCAAUUGUGUUCACCUGUCUCGGUGCAAGUUACGGUACCGCAAAGUCUGGUGUUGGUAUUUCAGCGAUGGGUGUCCUCCGGCCAGACCUCAUGAUGAAGUGUGUUGUCCCGGUUAUCAUGGCUGGUAUUAUCGGUAUCUAUGGCCUGGUGGUGGCUGUCCUUAUUUCCAGUUCACUGUCGGAAUCGAUGCCCCUUGCGCAAGGAUUCAUCGACCUUGGUGCUGGUUUGUCGGUCGGUCUCGCUGGUCUUGCCGCAGGCUUUGCAAUUGGUAUCGUCGGUGAUGCUGGUGUCCGUGGUACUGCACAACAACCAAGACUCUUCGUUGGAAUGAUUUUGAUUCUCAUCUUCGCUGAAGUACUGGGUCUUUAUGGCUUGAUUGUUGCACUCAUCAUGCACACAAAAGCUGGAGAGUUGACAGGACUGUGCAAUUGAAGUUACCCGAAGGACAUGUACUCGGAGUGAAAGAUGACGGACCUCAUUACCUUCGAUAUUGUUUUCCGUCUAAUACAUCCAUGUUUAUGCUUGUGAACCACAUAUUGUCUACUCGAGUGGUGCAUCGUUGUGUGAACGUGCUGCGUUACGGUUAGUUGGUUAAGGGUCAGCGCUUAGUAGGAGUCAGGCCCAGGGACAGUGACCGAAAUACUUACUGUAGCACUUUCUCAUAAUCGCCGACGUGGCGAUCAAUAUUGUUCUCCU